GUGUGUGUGAGUGUGUAGUUCUUAUCCCUCCCCUGAACAGAUCUUUAUCAAUUUGGCUGCUCCGGUGCUGCAUCUGAAUGUGUGUGUGAGUGUGUGCAUAUGUGUGUGUGGCAGGAGUUUACAGGAGGACAGAGUCAAGUGUCUGCGAGCCGGCGGAGGGAGAACGGGACGAGCUCGGUGUCCAGGGGAGAGCAGCCUGCGCUGAAGGGUUUCCUGACAGACAACGUCCUCACUGAGAUCGCCUCCAGACUCUUUUCAAGAUUCAAGGUUUUCGGCUGGACUGUGCGUGCAGCCUGAAUGACGAAGUUCAACUUGUUCAGGCAUCAGACAACACCCAUGGUCGCCGCAAAGCCAACGGGGGCGAGCGACAUGACCGUGACUCCGGCCUCCGUCGCGCUGGUCUCCGCCGACAACGCCACCGAGCCGGUCAACAAGAACGACGCCUUCGACGAGAUCAAAAACAAGUUCCUGAAUGAGAUCGACAAGAUCCCACUGCCGUCCUGGGCCAUCAUCGCCAUCGCCGUGGUCGCGGCUACGCUCAUCCUGACGUGCUGCCUCUGCAUCAUCAAGAAGUGCUGCUGCAAGAAGAAGAAGAACAAGAAGGGCAAGAAGGGGAAGGGUGACAUGGGGAUGAAGAACAUGAAAGGCGGAGAGAAACAACAGGACGACGACGAUGAAGAAGACGAUGUGGAGCCCGGACUGACAGGGGACGAGAAGGAGGAGGAGGUGAAGGAGAAAGAGAAGCUGGGGAAGCUGCAGUACUCCAUCGACUACGACUUCCAGGAGAACAAGCUGGCCGUGGGAAUCCUGCAGGCGGCGGAUCUCCUCUCCAUGGACAGCGGCGGCACCUCCGACCCGUACGUCAAGGUCUACGUCCUCCCGGACAAGAAGAAGAAGUACGACACGAAGGUUCACAAGAAGACGCUCAACCCCGUCUUCAACGAGUCCUUCACCUUCAAGAUUCCGUUCCAGGAGAUGGGAGGCAAGAUUCUGGUGAUGACCGUCUACGACUUCGAUCGCUUCUCGAAACACGACAUCAUCGGGGAGAUCAAGAUCCCCAUGAACACCCUGGACCUGGCGAAGGCCAUCGAGGAGUGGAGGGACCUGGACAGCGCCGAUCAGGAGGAGCCGGAGAAGCUGGGAGACAUUUGCAUCUCGCUGCGCUACGUCCCCACCGCUGGGAAGCUCACCAUCUGUAUCCUGGAGGCGAAGAACCUGAAGAAGAUGGACGUGGGCGGACUGUCAGAUCCGUACGUGAAGAUCAACCUGCUGCAGAACGGGAAGAGGCUGAAGAAGAAGAAAACCACCGUGAAGAAGAACACGUUGAAUCCGUACUACAACGAGUCGUUCAGCUUCGAGAUUCCCCUCGAGCAGAUGCAGAAAAUCCAGGCCGUGAUUACGGUGCUGGAUUACGACAAGAUCGGCAAGAACGACGCCAUCGGGAAGAUCUGGGUGGGAAGCAAGUCCACGGGCGCCGGGCUGAAACACUGGUCCGACAUGCUGGCCAACCCCCGCCGCCCCAUCGCCCAGUGGCAUCCACUGCAGCCGGAGGAGGAGGUGGACGCGUCGCUCGCAGCCCUGAAUGCCAAGAAGUAAACCCCGCUCCCAACCUGCACCUGUCCUCCCCCACGCAUCCCCCAUCAGCCCCCACAUGUCAGUGUAUAUCCCCCCUGACUGUACAUCCACUCCCUCCACCCUCCUCCUCCUCCUCCCUCCUCCUCCACCGCCACCUUUAAGAAAAAGAUCCGUAGACAGCGUUCGACGCGAUGGGGAGAUAUAGUUUAAAAAGAAUAAAAAAGGCAUCAUGUUGUAUUAAACCAUGAGAAAAGGGGACGCGUUGCAGGAUGGACAGAGACUCCGUUGAUUUUCCUUUAGAUCUAUUUUUGUAUUGGGGUUGUGGUUCCGUUGAUAAGAACACAGAGUUAGACAUCUGGUGACAGAGGGGAUAAGAACACACAUUCACUCGUUUAGCGUGUACCUCCCACCCCCGUCCCUCUAGUGACGCCGUUUGCUUUAGAGUAGUGCUUCAAUAGUAAUAAUAAUAAAAUGCUUUAUACUGCCAUAGGACGGAGGAGCAACACAAGAGGUCCAUUCCGGGGGGGAACCGUGCCGCGCGCCCGCCAGUCGCCACACCCGACGAUUCCGUUAGUUUCUUCUUAAGUAACAUUCCUAGAGCUGGGUAGCGAGUAGGGGUAAAGCACAUGGAUCCGGUUACCCACGAACACACUGCCGUCGUUUCUGAUUAGUUAACCUUUCCGCCCUUCGUCUCAGGAAAACACUGAGAGGAAAAACCGAAGCUCCAUGCCUUUUUUUCUAAACGGGUUCUUGUUGUGAUUCCAGUUGUCCACAAAAGUGUUGGAUUCAAAAAAAGCUUGAGCACUUGCUCAGUUGUUGAGUUCCUUCUCUUCUCGGUGACGUAGCGUUGAGUCAGUUUAUCCAUGAAAUGGAACAAAUCCGGGUGAGAGGGGAGGGAAUUAUGGAUUUUCAGUUAAGCGUGUGUGUGUGUGUGCGUGUCUGUGUGUGUGUGUGUGUGUGUGUGUGUGUGUGUGUGUGUGUGUGUGUGUGUGUGUGAGGCUGCUGUCUGUCGUGUGAACAACAACAAAAAGUGAGAGGGAAUAAAUAUCAGAGCGGGAGUUCAACAGAGACGGAUUCCAAACCGCCAAUGACACGAUGUUCUGCGGGGUGUCGCUCGCUCGCCGCCUGCAGCCGACCACCUCCCCCCUCCCUCCCCCUCCCCCCUCCCCGACGCCUCCGAUUCUCUAUCUCACUCGUUCAGUGCUACUGCCAUUCGUCAUGGACUUGACACGAGGGUUUGACUUCAGAGUAAAAUCCCUAUAACCGUCUUACAGUCAUAAAGGAGACAAGCCUUCCAAGUAACAGAAUAAGCAAUUUUUCAACUACCAGGGACGCCUUCCAGUCAGCGGUGUUGUUCUCUUCAUUUCUUCUCUUUUUGUUUCGUCGAUCCAGCUGUCUUUCAUUUUAUUCCUCGAGCACUUUAAAUCCAAAAUGUUGCGUUUAAGUACCCUCAGAAAACCAGAGCUUUAAUUACUUCUGUUUGAGAAUAGCUGGUUUCCUUCUGUUUGUUUUUUUGUGUGUUUGGAUAUUUUUCGGUUCCUCACUUGAUUGACAGGAAGUGGUCUGGAGGAAGGCACUGAUCCGCGUGUAUUUCAAUACACAUCUUUACCAAACUGUUGAAUUUAAUUGCACUAUAAUUCUGUUCUGCGAGUGUGUUUUUUUUCUUUUUUAUGUGAUAAAAAUGUUGUGAGAUUGAAAAAAAAAAGUUCUGUUCUUCUCCUCAUACAAACGGAAGAAGAGUUCCAGUGCUGCUCCCUCACAGAAUUCCAUCGACUCAUUUGGAGAGAAAUAUUCCAGCAUUAUUAACUUUUGUCUUGGGACAAAAUCCAAAACUGUUUUGGGUUUUUUUUGGACCAAAACUCCGUAAAAUAAAUUGACAAAAGAUUUGUAAUUGUUAAAAUUAAACUCCUGAUUUUAACAAGGUGCUACAGCUUCAGGAAACCUGGUUUUCAGGUUUUAGUCAUUUGAAAUCAGAUCUGUGUGCGAGCACCGACUGUAACUUCUGCCCGACGACUGUGAGAAAUAUAAUGACCAAAUCAAAAGCAGUCAACAUUUCAAACAACGACCACUUUCUUUACUUUUCAUGUGAUGAAUGUCUCUCAGUUUAUGAUUUUCAUAACCAUGUUCACGUAGUCUUUUAUUUCCUUUCCUUCUGUUGAUGAAGCAACACUAAAGAAAAGGCAACAUGGAAGCAAUCAAACAAACCCAUCGGUGUGUAGUUUUGCCUAUAGACAUAGUUCAUACACGCUGAUACUGCAUGUUUAUACAAAAAUACUGUACAUAAGAGCAUGUUUUAGAGAAACGAAGCAAAAAUAUCUUGUGUAAGUAAAUGGUCGUCAUUUGUCAUUUUAAUAACACAACGAGGGGAUAAAGGAGAAGGGACAGAAAAAAAAAGAUGAUGCACUGUAUAUUUUAUAAAAAUGAAAGAAAUGUGUGUUUAUUUUCCAUGAGGGUCAGUGGAGAGAAUGUCAUACAGUACAAAUAUUACAGGACUAUUACUAAUAAGAACCUUUCCACUCCUGAAAUUCUUAAGCAAGUGUGUCGUCCAGUAACGUGUGUGAGUUCAUGUAGGAUGGAAACGUAGCCGCAUGCUCGCUAUUAACUUCCUUGUGAUCAGACUUUUUUUUUAAUUUAGCCGCCAUUUUGUUUUGGUUUUUUUAGCGCUUAUUUAUCCGACUUAUUUCUACGUUUUUAUUGCUGUUUUAUUUUUAUUUUUUAAAAAUUUUUUUAAGAUAAUGAUGUUUUGGAUUAUUUUAAUGUUUGGAUUCCUCGGGGUCUCCAAGUCGACAAUGUAUUUUUCUAACAGCAGAUUCGGCUCAGAGCUUUUUCUGAAUUAACUGAUUAUUAGAGGAUUGAAUAAUUCUACAGUGGAGUCAUCGUUCAGACGCAGAAGUAAAUCUGUUGGAUCAUAUCUUUAUAUAAAAAUACAUUUUCCAGGGGCCAAAAUAUGAAUAAUCCCAUUCCAGUGAACACAAACGGACUUGGAAUCCCUUCUUCUUUUUCUUCUUCUUCUUCUUCUUCUUCCUCCUCUUCUCUCUUUUCUUUACUUGCACAGUUUUUUAUUUCUUUGUUCAUUUCAGUUUUGAACGACCUGAAACCCUCCACGACUGUGUCUCUUCUACUGUGUUUAUUAUACAAUAACGUGUACGUGUGUAUUUCCAGAUAGAUGAAUAAGAUAAAAACUAAAGCCAUAAAACUCAAGCACUAACUCUUUAGAGCUCGGCCGAGGCGCUCGAGUUUAUUUAUGAAGAAGAGAAAAGUAAAAAAAGUCCCAAAAAAAUCCGCAAAAAAAAAAGAAUCUGACGUCUUCGUUCUUUCCUUGGCCAAGUGUUUCUCUCUCACAUUCCGUUUGCGAGGUCUUUGUUCAUCAAGAGGGCAGAACUCCGUGUUACUGUACAAACUGUACGUGAGCGUCGGGGACAGUCGUGACGUCAGUAGAGCGACUGAGUCUUUUUCUACUUUCGCAGCUGUCGAUGUCCUCGUUUCAUAGACGUAGCUGAUUUUACAGUAUUGUGACUAGUGAUGUCUAUGCCUUGUUUUGAUAGUGUAAAUGAAUAUCACAUUGAGUUCUCACUAAUACUGCUAAAAGUAUAUAGAUAUAGAUAUUAUAUCUACAUAUAUAUGUGUGAGAGUGUGUUCUAUUCUUGGGCUGAGUGCAAUUUAUGAACCAAACUGUGUGACGCUUCCAGUUUCUCUUCCGUCGCACACUGUUGUUUCUCUUUCGUUGAUCCGCUCAGAAGAAAAACUUCUCAAGCAACAAAAACCAUAAAGUUUCAGUUCGUUCCAACGAUAUUACAGCGACCAGAGAGAAACUUGAGACGCCCACGUUCCCGGUCCUGGAUCCCUCCCAUAGAACUAUGCAUAAAGUUAUGAUUUUCACGAGAACAUGGCAUAGCAUAUGAGAAAUGAUAUAAAGUAUAUGAAAAUACAGAAAUAUGUUUGAUGUCAUGCAAAGUAUAUAUAUGUACAGGAUAUAUAUAUAUAUAUAUAUAUAUAUAUAUAUAUAUAUAUAUAUAUAUAUAUAUAUAUAUAUAUAUAUAUAUGGGAUACAAGGAAAUGGUUUUUAAUGUUGAGUUCGAUGAGAAGAUCAGAUGCCAGGGGACGUCGUUAGCUUAGCUUAGCAUAAACACUGGAAUCGGGGGGAAACAGCUAGCCUGCCUCUGUCCGAAGGUCACAAAAUCCAUCAGCAUCUCCAAAGGUCAAACCCACGUUGCCUUGCAACUCCAAAAAAAAACAAGACUCCAGGAAGUCGUUGCUUUGGAAACAGGAAAUGAUCCACUUCUUAUUUACUGAUUAAAGAAAUGAGAUCAAAUGUGUAAAUGACCUUUAGAGGAGCUGGAAGGCAGAUUUGUUUGUUUUGUUCACUCCUUCAGAGGCAGAGUAACUUUUUCUACACGGCGAAGCUCACGGCGUCCUCGCUCCGAUCAUACAGGAGUGACGUCGAACUUCUUCUCCGACUUGACGAGAGAGCCAACGAGCGAACUUCCCAGAAUUUCCAUUUAUUUCAGUGUCUGAAGUAAACUGCCAUCCAUCUUAUCUGUCUUAUCUUAUCUUAUCCUGGCAACAAUCUUCAGUGUGUUGUGUGACGACGCACGUUAUCUAAUGCAAUAUUAUAUUUAAUCUCCUCGUCCCAUUAAUCGCCACUGACUGUGACCAAAUGAUUUGUGGGCGGAGCCUCAGAGACCAGCUGCCUGCACCGGAUCACGGAUGUUUGAAUUCCAGGCAAACGGACGAACAUCCGCUGACGUGAUCACGGGUACAAGAAAAUUCACAGCACACUUGAGAGAUUUUUUAUUAAUUUUUUUAAAAAUGUAUUUGUUUCUAUUUCCUUUCACUGCCACAGUCGCACGACCAGCGGACAUCAGAGUUCUAUGGGGGACAGAGACUGGGUCGCUGAGUGUGUGUGUGUGUGUGUGUGUGUGUUUGGCCCUUUAGCAGACAUGGUGCAAAAACACAACACUGGAAAAUAUGAUUUCAAUAUACAGUACAGGUCUGCAUGCAUUGGUCACAUGACUCAUCCUUAACUGUACGUGUGUGUGUGUGUGUGUGACUGUAACACACAAUCUUAGUUAUGUAUCAAUAAGGGGUUCAUCUGUUCACGGCUGUGUAGACGUACAGUACGACAUGUUCUGUUUCAGCAUCUGUCGCUCAGCAGCCGGUGGCGUUUCCGUUUCCUCUUUCUCGUUGCAAUCAAACACUUGGAUUUUAAAAAGGGAAAACCGUCCAAAGUUUUCGAAGCCGUCGUCUUGUCUCCUCUAUUACUCGCUGUAUUUUUCUUCCUUGUGUUCCUGUGCACACGCGUGUAAUCACUCCUGCUGUCCUUCCUUUGACUCUGUGACGUGUGUGUGUGUCUAAUGUAGAACGCAGGGGAUCUGUUUGUCGCCAGACUCCUCCAGGUCUUUGGGCUUCUUUUUCCAUUUCUGUUUCGCGUCUUCGUUCCUGUGUGUGCGUGUGUGUGUGUGUGUGUGUGUGUGAGUGCGUUUUCUUCCAGCGACGUCCCGUCAGUGUUGUGAAGCUGAAUAAGGAAGUGGACUCAGUGGGUUUCCCCCAGUGAAUCUGCUCUUCGUGGUGCAGAAUGCCGGCCUUCAUGUUUACAACAUGGACACACUGUAUAACUGCCAAACCUGCAGGACGCACCGAACUCCCCUCCUGAGCGCUGAGUCCUCCACCUCGCCCCUGAUGCAACUGUAUUCUCAAGACUCUUUUCAUUUCUUUUCUCUCCCCCCCGACCUCUUUCUCUUCUUCGUCAUCUUUUAAAGCAUCGGAGGACGACCAGGUCGCGUCCUCUCGCUGUGUUUCUUCGUGUCUAGUGUUGUGGUGCGCGUGUUCAUGUCAGUACUUGUGCCUACUGUGGAUCGCAUGCUUUAGCCCUUGACUGGACACAAACGUUGCUCACAAACUCCUCUUGACCCUUGUGUGGACCAACGUUGCGGAAAUCCUAAUAAAAGUCAUCAAGGGAACCAAAUAACUUAUUACAAAUUUAUCAUAUGUGUUCUGUAAAAACAAAAAAAAUAGACAAAUAGGAAAUAAAGGCCUUUUAAUUA